GCUGUCAUUUACAUGAAGCCAGAGAAGAGAAGUGGAGUCGACUCGACUGUGGUGUUGUUGACAUUACCAGAAAGGCUCUGAAAGUUUUAACAGUUAACAUGGCAACACAGUCUGCAGCUUCGGAUACGUGUUUUCAGCCGGUCAGUUGAAGACACUGGGCUGUCAGACGAGCGCGCGCAUCGGCUGAUUUUGUGGAAGUGCCUGAAUUCAGCAUGACUCGUGAUAUCGUUCUUGGAGAUGAACUACCUGACUGGGUGGGAGCAAAAGAGUUUUAUCAGAAGUAUGAUCCAAAAGAGGUGAUCGGCAGAGGAGUGAGCAGUGUGGUGCGCAGGUGUGUACAUAAACAUACGGGACAAGAGUUUGCGGUGAAGAUCAUUGAAAUCACAGCAGAGAAGAUGACAGAACAGCAGCUGGAGGAGGUGAAGAGCUCCACGCUCAAGGAGAUCCAUGUGCUUAAUUUGGUGAAAGGUCAUCCGUCCAUCAUAACACUUAUUGAUUCUUAUGAGUCAACGGCCUUCAUAUUUUUGGUAUUUGACCUCAUGAGAAGAGGAGAGCUGUUUGAUUACUUGACAGAAAAAGUCACUCUCAGUGAAAAGGAAACCAGGAGCAUGAUGCGUGCUCUUCUGGAGGCUGUCCAGUAUCUACAUGCUCUAAAUAUUGUACACCGUGACCUCAAACCUGAAAAUAUUCUGCUAGACGACCAGGGGCACCUCAAACUUUCAGACUUUGGCUUUUCUGUCCAGCUGGGACCUGAUGAAAAGCUAAGAGAGCUGUGUGGAACACCAGGAUAUUUGGCACCAGAGAUUCUGAAGUGCUCCAUGGAUGAGACACAUGAGGGAUACGGGAAAGAGGUUGAUCUCUGGGCUUGUGGCGUGAUCCUGUUCACUCUUUUGGCCGGAUCUCCACCGUUCUGGCAUCGUAAACAGCUACUGAUGCUGAGAAUGAUCAUGGAGGGCCGGUAUCAGUUCAGUUCUCCAGAGUGGGAUGACCGGUCUGACACUGUCAAAGACUUGAUCUCGAGGCUUUUGGUAGUGGAACCUACACUUCGCCUCACGGCAGAGCAAGCUUUAGCUCAUCCUUUCUUCUGUCAGUACCAAAAGGAGGAUGUGCGGCUCUUUAGUCCCAGGAAGACAUUUAAGGCUCUUAUCUUGACUGUGCUGGCUUGUAUACGGAUGCAGUGCCGCUACUACCGAGCCAGACCAUUAACAAAAGAGCUCCUAUCAAGAGACCCUUAUUCCAUCCGUGGAGUGCGCAAGCUGAUCGACGGCUGUGCUUUCCGCAUUUAUGGACACUGGGUGAAGAAAGGAGAACAGCAGAACCGAGCCGCCCUGUUCCAGAACACGGCUAAAAUCAUUCUCCUGGGCCUUGAAGACCUUGAAAACUAAAGGUCACAUUUUUUGCUCUCUAAAGAUAUCACUUAACUCUCCAUUUACAGUUUUUGUCUCAUUUUUAUUUCCUUUUUUCUUUGUUUGUUUUUGUCCAAAAGGUGCACAAACACGACCAUCUAUAGAUGGUGGUGCUUUUUGAUUUUUAGCAUUGUCAUGUGACCUCAUUUUAUUCACUAUAGUUCUAGUUUUAUCAGCAGAUAUUGCUUAUUAUAUGGACCAGCUUCUCAUCAAGAGAGCAAAUUUGCUAAGAUUUACUAAGCUUGUUUGCUAUUCAAGCUCUUUAAUUAUUUUUGGCUCAAAGCAGAUUGUAUAUGAGUUUAUUAUCAUUCUUAUGCCUCACAAACAAUUCCAGACUAAACCAUAGAUGGACAAGGGAACAUUUAACAAGGUGAAAUACAAAGAAUAACAUACUUGAAAUAUACAGUUCUGUAACCCAGUUUUAAAUCUUUACAAAAUUUUGUGUAAAUGUUUUACCACUUAUAUGUUGCUCUUUAUCACAGCUAGCACAUGAUCUGUUCAUCGUCAAGGUACUGUACUGAUUCUUAACAGGUAUACAAAUAUGAAUAAUAUAUAUAUAAUUACUGUAUUUUGUGUGUUUUUACUUUCGAAAUGAGUGUUUUCCGGAAGACUAUUCUCUUACUUCUUAACUUGAAUGUUGGUCUCCAGUUGACUGAUGGCAUUAUUGAGCUGAUCAGCGCUGUUUUUUAACUCUUGUUGAAGCUGAGCGCUCAGUCGCAUCACUUCAUUCCUCACUUCUUUUUCAACUAUAGUCCUGAGGUCAGAUUUGGAUGAAAGCCCUUGUGGAAAUAAAAACAUAGUAUGCACACGUGAGCAUAUGCAUUUAUUUAAUUUGCUGUAUGAAAUGAGGAUUAUAUGCUACUGCAUGCAGUUUAGAAUGAAUGAUAUGUAAUCGCUGAUUUAUAAAUCUCUUCCACAUGUAUUGACAGGUUUUCUAAAUGACUAAAAAUAUUAAAAGUUGCAAAAGUAUUUUUUUACUA